GCAGGAGAGUGCUUUAUAUUGAAUCGCACUGCCGUCCAGGAGAAUCUCUGAGCGCUUACAGAGAUCUCAUUGCUAUUUUUUCUUUCCUAUGGGAUGUCCAGUCAUUGCAACACCCCCGUGUUUACCGUGUAGUGCAGCGCAUGUUCACAUUCAUCCAGUGGUUGGUUUGGGAUCCGGUCGCGUCCUUCUCCCGCAUCAUCAUCAUCCUCAUCAUCAGCAGCAGCAGAGCUCGUCAUGAAACCCGUCUUCCUCGUUCAGUGAUGUGAUGUGCGCUCGCCGUUUGUCAUAAUCAUCAUCUUCAUCAGGAGCGGACAGACAGUAGCGGAUUCUCUGCUCAGCUUCUCUAGAGGAUGUACCGUGUUACCGGAGGGAAACGGAGGAGAGUCUAACCGGGGGCCCUUCCGUGAUAAAACAAACGAGGACGGAGAGGAUCGACGCGGAUUUUUGCCUGGAUCUGUGCGAAUGACACACACCGCAGUGAGGAUUUGUCCGAAUGUGAGGAGCGCUCCGGACCGUCCGUUCAGUCGCACGCAAUGAUGAGCAUGUAAACAACCGACCGAGGGGUCGCCCUCCAGGGCCACAGUCUCUCUUCAUCUGGGAGCAUGUUCUAGGACGGACCCUGAACAGCAACCAUGAAAAGCUUAGGGGCCAACCGUAGCCGACAUCUGUCAGACACCUGUGACCCCACCGCGGGCCCCCAGGAGCCCUUGUGUCCCUUGGCCCCGGACCCCCAUGCUGCCUUCUUCCUAAGCCCCACCGUCAACCAUUAUGGCACUCUGGAUCCUCACCUCCAUCAUUUUCCCGUUUCCCCCCCGACGACCCUGCAGUCGGACUGCCUGUUGCCUCUAAACAACCAGCUGACCAACAGCAGUACUUUCCCACGCCUGCACUACAGCAACCAGCCGGAGCAGAGCGACUACACGCAGGGUUGUAUGGCUCAGACAGGCAGUCGCUCUGGCACCCUCACGUCCUCCAUGUCCAUGGGUUUGGGCUUGGGACUGGGCGCCCCCGGCAUGAUCAGCAGCGGCACGGCCACCAUCUCCUCCGCGGCCGCCGCCAAGAUGAACCGGCUCCCGGCGAACCUUCUGGACCAGCUGGAGCGCCACCUACCGCUACAGCGCGACGGGUUCAGCACGUUACAGUUCCACCGGCGCAGCCGCGGCCAAAAGCCGCGCAGCGAGAGUCCCAGCCGCAUCCGAAACCUGGUCCAGUCCGUCCAGAAACUCUUCGCCAAGUCGCAAUCGCUGGAGGGAUCGGCGGUUAAAGGGAGCAUAACCGCUGGCGACGCGGCUAAAGCGAACCGGCGAAGCAAAAGCAAAGACCGCGCUAAGACGGAAGGCACCAAACGGCGUCCGCGGCCCAAUCUCUCAGGCUUCUGGAGCUCAGACGACGGUUUAGAGGACGAUCCACCGACUCAACCCGCCGCCGGGCCGCUAGCAGUGGCGUAUCGAAACCCUCUGAGCAUGAUGUCGCUGGGAAGAGCCGUGUCGGACAGUCAAGCGCCACCCAGACUGAAUCCACAGGGCUACAACACCAUCGCUGCGCACACUCUCAAAUCCUCCAAGAGCAGUGGAGACCUCAAGCCUCAGGUCAGCCUGGCCGCCGGGGGCCAAUCGGGGGACAGCGUGCUGGUCAAGAGAGGCUCCUGGUCAACGCUGACCCUCAGUCAGGCCCGACAGGUGCUUCAGAAGGGCUCCGCAACCAUCAACCAGACCCUGCUCAAGUCCAAGUCCUGCCACGGACAGGAGAUGAUGACCUGCAACUUCCUACAGGUGCCUGGAGGCGAGUGGAGCGGGACGCUGGGUAAAGCAGGGGCCGCGGGAGAGAUCCCGUGCAGACGCAUGCGCAGCGGCAGUUACGUAAAAGCCAUGGGAGACGUGGAGGACAGCGAGGACUCAGACGGACCCCCUUCACCCAAACCCUCGCCCAAGACCGCAGCUCGACGACAGAGUUACCUGAAGGCCACCCAGCAGUCCCUCAGCGACCAGCAGCCGCCGCUACCGCCCCGCAACUGUAUGCCGCCUCUAUGCGAGGUCUCCACCAAUCGCAGCCUGGAUAACCUGGACUGUUUGAUGGCAUCAGGGGACGCGGGUCUGCAGAACUGGGACACUGAUGGGGGGUUCAAUCAGCGCUGCUCCACGCUGGGACGAGGGUCUAACAUGAGACAGGUGGAGCAGUGCUACGGGGGACACGCGGCUUACGGCCAGGUGGACUCUCACACGGUGGAGGCCUUGGAUCUGCCCACACCGACCUGCUUCCGGUCUCGAAGCCACAGUUACCUGAGGGCCAUCCAGGCCGGCUGCUCCCAGGACGACGAUACGGACUCCGAUGAGACUCCACCUAUAACCUCAUCCAUCAGUAGCUAUAACAGCGUCACCAUCUCCACGUGUACGGCUGUUUGUAAGAAGGCUCCUCCUCCUAUUCCUCCACGCAUCACCUCCAAGCCCUACAUCUCGGUUACGGUCCAGAGCAGCACCGAAUCGGCCCAGGACACGUACCUGGACAGCCAGGACCAGCGCAGCGACAUCAACAGCCAAUCGGGACGCAGCAACUCCUCCGACAGCCUCGCCAGCUCUCGAACUGGGAGUUUGGCCAAGAGCGUCAAGCGGCCGCCCAUCCCUGCCCCGCGGGAACCCGUCCACCUGCCCAGCGCGAGAGUGACCACGCCCCCUCCCGCCAUAGUCCCGCCCUCACCGGAUCCCAGAAGCGAGCCUGCGAGUCUCACGCUGGGACCUGACGAACCACAGGCUCCGCCCAAGAGGAAACUCUCAUCCAUUGGUAUUCAGGUGGAUUGUGUGCAGCCGGUUCUGAAAGAGGAGCAUACGCCCACGACCAGGUUCCAGUCCAUCGGGGUUCAGGUCGAAGACGGCAGGCCACUCAGUCGCUUCACGAGCAUGGCGUCGAGACAGGAGACGACGGAGACCGAAUCCCAGGAGCAGAACGACGGUAAACCCUCGGAGAGUCAGACGGCCAGCCGGUCCGUGGAGAAGCUGGACCCGGCUCUGGACCCGUCCUCCCUCCCCCCGCCGGACCCCUCUCUGCAGGCCGGGACGGGGAGCGUGAACGGGUCCGCGGAGCAGCCCGGGGGGUCGGCGGGCCUCAGGGACGGGCGCUGCUUCCAGAAGCUUCUCCAGGCCGAGACGGACCGCAUGGAGGCCUGGUGUCGACAGAUGGACCUCGAGACCAAAGACAAACAGCUGUCAGAGGAGGUGUUGGGAGAGGUCCGCAGUGCCGUCGGCUGCGCUCAGCUCUUGAUGUCUCAGAAGUUCCAGCAGUUUCGGGGCCUUUGUGAGCAGAACCUGGACGUGAACGCUCAGCCGCGACCCACCGCGCAGGAUCUGGCCGGGUUCUGGGAUCUCCUCCAGCUGUCCAUCGAGGACAUCAGCAUGAAGUUCGACGAGCUCCACCUCCUCAGGUCCAACGACUGGAAGAUGUCUGAGACCCAGGACAAAAAGGAGGAGAAGAAGCCAGCUCCAGCGCACACACCAAAGAAGACGGUAAAGAUAAAGCCCAGCGGCGGGAAGGAGAAGAGCCUGGACUCUGUGGCCGAUAAACAGCGUCAGGAGGCCAGAAAGCGUUUAAUGGCGGCCAAACGCGCCGUUUCCGAGCGGCAGAACUCCGCCACCGAGAGCGCCGAAAGCAUCGAGAUCUACGUCCCCGAGGCUCAGACGCGACUUUAAUGAACCACCAAACCAUGAACUCCUCCACUCCUAGAGACGCUCAUGGACACGCUUGCGGAGCCGGAGCGCACCACGCCUGGAUCUAAAGGUGAACGGCCGGAAACAACGAGCAAAAAUAGUAAUAAAACAAUAAAAAGAGCGACAAAUUGAAUUUGAACGCUUCCGCGUCGCCGCUGCCACUGAAGAACCUCCUGUUGACCGUUUGUUUAUAUGGCUUCCCCUUGUUAUAAUUAUAAAUGUCAUAAAAGUUAACUAUCUCAUGGAAUAUAUCAAGACUUUGUCUGUAAAUUGUGCUAAUAUCUCUUGAUGAUGAAAAGAGCGCGUCAGAUCUCAGACCCUUUACUCGCGUCGCGUCACACGACCCGUCACAUGACCCACGGACAGCAUGCACUCAGGAUCCUGCACGUGUGCACUUGUCUUUCAUCAGCGCAGUCUUCCCGUUCUCACAAACACCUUUCUUUUCCAUUUUUCCCGGCUCCGUGGAGCGCCGAGCACGGACACGUGACUUUUAUCACUCGAUGUGAAUGUUCUGAUGGUACGGCAGACGCUUGAAGUCUGAAGCGAAUCACCGCAGGAAGUCGUAGAAUAGCACAGGAAGCAGAUUUUAGCACUGUUUGGUUCACGUCACUUUUCACUCCAGUAAAAUUGAAUGCAGAAACGCAUUUCAGCUUGAUUUAUUUUCCAUUUUUAUUUAAUAGGCUCCAAAUAUGUGACCACUCGACUUUUAUGAUGAAUGUUUUAAGACGUCAACAAUGAAAUGUCCAGAUUUGACUUGGACCAACUGCCUGUCUGUUUUGUAUUAAUAUUAAUAUUAUUUUAAUUCAUUCCAUGUGUUCUUCAGCACGGUUUCCUGAUGUUACGGUUCCAGCGAUGGCCGUACGACCGUGUCUGUGUGACCAAUUAGAGCCCAUCAUUUGUGAUCAGAUGUUUUUUUUGUUUUUUAUUAGUAGUAUUUUCUUUGACAGAUAUUAAAAACUUCCGUUACCCAAAACUCAGCUGAUUUUUAGUUUGGAAAAGUUGUUUCGGUGUCAGAUUUCCAUCAGAUUUUACUCUUUUCAGUGUGUUGUUGACCAACAGAAGGUUUACUGGGUAUUUUAAACUGGGUUCAAAAUACACACUUCAGAUCUGGGAGAAUCACUGCCGGUUUGCUCAUGUGCCGAAUUACAUAAAAUCAUAAUAUACACUAUCUGGCCAAAAGAGACUGGAUUGGAUCAUUAUUGCAGUGAUUAUGUUUCUAUUCUUCUAACUCUAACUGAUGGAGUGUGUAGCUUUUCCUUUUUUAAAUCACCCUCUAUGAAAACACAUUAUGACCAUGUCAAGAUUCAACAGGCUCAGAUUGAUGAAUCUUGAGAAUGGUUGUGAGGAUCAUGAAGAAUCAGAGUCCAGAGCUUAAACUCAGUGAAAGUCGUUGGGAUGUGCUGGACUCUUGCAUUGGCAAUACAAGAUCUGGGAAUAAAUGUGAUGUCAUACUGAAAUAUGGAACAUGUUUUAUAUGGUUGUUAAAGAAAUUAAGAGCUACAUACUCCUUUACAUUAUGGUUGGAAGAACUGUUGCCGAACAUAUAA